GAGUUCAUACAAUUUAUUGAUAAAUACAAAUCUGUAAAGUAUUGAAUUUUAUUGUUUAAUUUAAAUAUUUUCCUAACAACUAAGAAAGCUAGCAAAAUGGGUGCAAAGUCUUUAUCAUUAUCAUUUCAAAUCAAAACAGAAUGUAAUGUAUCUAAAGCUCGUUCUGGAUUAAUGAAGUUGCCGCACUAUGAAGUUAAAACACCUGUUUUUAUGCCUGUUGGAACACAGGGUACAAUGAAGGGUCUGUUACCUGAUCAAUUGGAAAGCUUGGAUUGUGAAAUAAUUUUAGGCAACACCUAUCAUCUUGGAAACCGUCCUGGUACGGAUGUUUUGACUAAGGCUGGAGGUCUUCAUAACUUUAUGGGAUGGAACAGGGCGCUGCUUACUGAUUCAGGAGGCUUUCAAAUGGUUUCACUGCUCAAACUGGCUGAGAUAACUGAAGAAGGAGUAAAAUUUAAGUCACCUUAUGAUGAUUCAGAAAUUAUGUUGACUCCAGAAAAAUCAAUAGAGAUACAAAAUUGCAUUGGUGCAGAUAUCAUCAUGCAAUUAGAUGAUGUUGUUCAGACCACAUUCCAGGAUUAUGAUCGCAUUAAAGAAGCUACAGAAAGAACAAGUCGAUGGUUAGACAGAUGUUUGGCAGCCCACAAAAGACCUACAGAACAAAGCAUUUUUCCUAUUGUGCAAGGCCUUUUAAAUGAAGAAUUGAGGGAACAAAGUGCAAGAGAGCACAUGACAAAAGAUGUCAAUGGAUUUGCCAUUGGGGGAUUGAGUGGAGGUGAAGCAAAGGAUGACUUUUGGCCCAUGGUCAGCUUAAGUACAGGAAUACUAGAUAAACACAGGCCUAGAUACCUAAUGGGAGUUGGUUUGGCAAUAGAUCUAGUUGUAUGUGUUGCUCUGGGAGUUGAUAUGUUUGAUUGUGUCUUCCCUACUCGCACAGCUAGAUUUGGAUGUGCUCUUGUUUCUAAUGGACAGUUAAAUCUAAAACAAAAGAUAUAUGAAACUGAUUUGGAUCCCAUUGACAAGAACUGUAGUUGUUCUACUUGUACAAAUUACACAAGAGCUUAUUUACACAGCAUUGUAACAGUGGAGACUGUGGCUUGUCAUCUUAUUUCUGUGCACAAUAUUGCUUACCAGAUGAAUCUAAUGAGAACAAUGAGAGAGAACAUUGAAAAAGGGACAUUUCCACAAUUUGUGCAAACAUUUGUUAGUGAGUAUUAUGCUGAUUGUGAAGAAAUUCCACCUUGGGUUAUUAAUUCAUUGGGUUCAGUUGGAAUAAAGAUAGUUAAAAUGUAA